UCCUCCUCCUCGGCCUCCUCGGUACUCUUCUCGAAGACCUAUGCGAUAAUGGUGGAUUGUGCUCCAAUAUAUUAUUUAGACCACCGAAAAAAGACCCCAUCGAGUCUGCACUCUCUCGCAGCUUUACAAGAUGAAAGAGCUCCAUCCCUGCACCCUAUAAAUACCAACCCCGGGCUCCACUCUGCCCACACCAAGCAGCAGUUCUUCCACAACAAGAUGGCCAAGCUUUGCGCUGUUCUCUGCCUUCUGUUGGGUGCUCUCGCGUUCUUGGCGAUCGCUGCUCCCGGCAGCAGCUCCUUCGUCGAGAGGCAAGGCACGCAGUUCGUCCUCGACGGCUCCCCGUACCUCUUCAAUGGGUUCAACUCGUACUGGAUGAUGACUGUCGCGUCCCAACCCGCCGAGCGGGCGAAGGUCUCGCAGGUGCUCGGCGAAGCUGCAGCCGCGGGGCUCACUGUUUGCCGAACGUGGGCGUUCAGCGACGGAGGCGAUGGAGCUCUCCAGAUCUCACCCGGAGUGUACGAUGAGCGAGUGUUUCAGGGACUGGAUUUUGUGAUCUCGGAGGCUCAAAGUCAUGGUGUUCGCUUGAUCCUGAGUCUGGUGAACAAUUACAAAGACUUCGGAGGCAGAGCUCAGUACGUGCAAUGGGCGAGCAAUGCAGGUGCUGCUGUCGGUGGUGAAGACGAUUUCUAUACCAAUCCGGUUGUGAAGGGAUACUACAAGAACCAUGUCCAGAGAGUGUUAACAAGAAUCAACACCAUCACCAACGUAGCCUACAAAGACGACCCAACGAUCAUGGCAUGGGAACUAAUAAACGAGCCUCGUUGUCAGGCAGAUUACUCAGGGAAAACGGUGAACGCCUGGGUUCAAGAGAUGGCAAGUUAUACAAAGUCGCUGGACAGCAAACACAUGCUAGAGAUAGGAAUGGAAGGAUUCUACGGAGACUCCAUGCCGGAGAAGAAGCAGUACAAUCCCGGUUACCAAGUUGGCACAGACUUCAUCACCAGCAAUCUCAUCGACGAGAUCGACUUUGCCACUAUCCAUGCGUACCCAGACGUUUGGCUCGCUGCGCAGGACGACGCAUCGCAGACCGCCUUCGCUCAGCGGUGGAUGUGGAGCCACUGGGACGACGCCACGAAGAUACUGAAGAAGCCACUGGUGCUCACCGAGUUCGGGUUGUCGAAGAAGGACCCCGGCUACACCGAGAACCUCCGGGACGUGUACAUCAACGCCAUCUGCACCGACAUAUACAACUUGGCAAGGAGCGGCGGCGGGUCGCUCAGCGGCGGGUUGGUGUGGCAAGUGAUGGCGGACGGGAUGGAGUCGUACUACGACGGCUACGAGAUCCUGCUGUCUCAGGAUCCGUCCACGGACGCAGUACUGAUGAGGCAAUCACGCGCGAUGUCGGUGCUGGCGCACACGAUGAGCAAGCCUGCCGGCGGCCAGGUAGGGCAUGCCGACGAAGCCGUAGCUGGCGAGCAGGAAGAUGGCGUCGCUCAUGGCGCGAGGUUGCAUGGCCUUCACGUAAGGCACGUGCAUGCGAGGGAUGGAAAGAGCAGCUCCCACCCUUAGAGAGAACAGCAAUUGCUUUUAGGAUUCACGAGGGCUUGAAUAGAUUUCUACGUCAAUAAAAUCUGGU